AUUGAAUAUUAGUUAUAAAAUAAGCAUAGUAAAUGGAAGACUAGUGCAAACAGAUACAAUUUGAUUAUCAUUAUUAAUACAAGUAAACAUAAGUAUGGAAAUAAGAAAUUGGUGAAAAAACUAUCCAUCAUGUCGACGAUUAUUAAAUUGAUUAUUACUGAAGAACAUUGACUUGAUUGAAGCUGUCAUACUUAUUUUUUAUAUUCUGUAACUGCUUAUUCAACAAAAAGAUGAUACAAAUUAUAAUUUCAUUCAGCGCAUUGUAAAACAUGUCUAAUUGUUUGAUAAGAUUGUAACGGAAUUAAGAGUACCUCCUACACGGAAUAUCUUGGUGUUAAUAAUCCAUAUGAAUUAAUGAAACAUUACAUGGACAAAUUGUAUCGGACUGCUUGAAAUGAUGUUGAAAGAACGUUUAUCAGUUAUUAUGAUUAUUUACUUAACAAUAUCCAUCGAAAUGAAGAAAUGUUUCGCUACCUCAAUAUGUUUUCAUCAAUCUGAUAUAAUUUCUGAAGCUUUUAAUACAACCAAUUGCAAUCAAGAAUACUUAGUACGAGCAAAGAAGGAAAUCCGACUAAGCCCAGCAAAAAUAAUCGAACCUCCAAGUAAUGUAAAAGUAAUCAGCGGUGAAACUGCUCUAUUCUUCUGUCGAGUAAAUGGAAAUCCAACUCCUACAGUAAAUUUUCUUCUUGAUCGUCAAGUAAGCCGGCCGGCACCUGGUGUCGGAGGAGUUUUAAAUAUUCCAGAUGGAAGCUUAUUGCGUUUAACUAAAGUACACCGAGGACAAAACGGUUUACAAGUUCAAUGCAUAACACGGAAUCAUGUUGGAGGUGAUAGUGCUACAGCUUAUUUAACAGUUUAUGAUACUAAUGAUCGUAUACCUGAUGGCUAUCCAAUUAUACAUGUACCACCAAAAGCUAGCUCUGCAUCUGUUGGUGAUGUGGCCAGAAUGGAUUGUGAAGUAUCAGGUGAUCCACAGCCUACAGUGAUUUGGUUAAAAAAUGAAAUUCCUAUUCAAACAACCGAUAAACGUAUUACACUUGUUGGGACUGGUUCAAUAUUAUUUGAACAUCUAUUAUUAUCAGAUGAAGGACAUUAUGAAUGCCUAGUUUCUAAUCAAGCUGGAUCAGUAUUAAGUUCAAAAGCUUAUUUGAGAGUUAAAAAUACUUAUUUUGUACCAAAAAUAAUUGAUAAAAUUGAUCAAGUUGGAGUACGUUUUGGACAUAAUGCAAAUUUAACUUGUCGUGCAGCAGGAAAUCCUACUACAACCACUAGAUGGCUUACUGAUAGUGAACGACCUAUUACAGAUUUUACUGAAGGUACUUCAACAUUAUAUCUAGCAGAUAUUACAGAGCCUGUAAGAUAUAUUUGUGAAGCGAACAAUAGUCUUGGGACUGUACAACAUCCUGUUAGAAUCCAAAUAAUCGAAGUUCCCCCGCCCCCUGUCGAUUUAAUGUGUUUAGAAAAAGGACCAACAUUUGCUUUUCUUCAAUGGUCACCAGCUGAUAUUCAACAAACCGCUACAACUACUACACGUACUGUUGAUUCAUAUACAGUAUUUUUAUAUGAAAUGGAGAAUGGACAAACAAUUACAAAUAAGAAACAAAUAACAGAUAUUCCGGCAAGACAAUUUCACUUACAUGGUGCAUUACAAUAUAAAUUAACUGAUUUAAAACCACAUACAAUGUAUGUGGUAGAAGUUUGUGCAGUGAAUAAUUUGUUGGGAAUGUCUGACCCAAGUAAUAAAGUAACUUUUAUGACAAAAGAAUUGCCCCCUAGUUCGGCUCCAUAUUCUGUUGAAACAGUUACCAUAUCAGAUGAUUCCGUUUUAGUGAGUUGGAAGCCACCAAAAGAAGCAAAUGGAAAAAUUAUUGGUUAUAAUGUUUUCUACAACAGAAAUCCACAGGGUCCAUUAAAUCACUGGCAAAAAGUUGGUACACAAUUUGAAAGUGUCAAACUGGAAAAAUUGUUCACAUCGGAAACUUAUUAUAUUCGUGUGAGUGCCCAAAAUUCAGCUGGUGAUGGUCCUUUGACUGAUUCACACGAAGUAUUGGUCAAAUUUGGAAUACCUUCACAACCUCGUGAAUUUAUUGGUUUAAGCUUUGAUCCGAAAGAAAUACAUCUUAAUUGGAUAGCACCUAAUUUACCUGGAAAGAUUAGUUUACAAGAUUAUUUACUGAAAUAUCGUUUAGCAGUUGACAUGAAUCGCGAUAAAAGUAAACAACAACAACAACAACCGAUGGAGGUCAAGUUGUCAGCUGAUCUAACUGAAUAUUUAAUGGAAAAUUUAAUUCCAAAUUCAACUUAUCACAUUUCUUUAGCUGCUCGUACAAAAUAUGGCACAGGGACUGCAGCAGAAAUUAUGGUGCAAACUGACAGUAAUGUUCCUGGACCACCCAUUCUACACGAACUAAGCAUUUUGGAUUCAUUCAGUAUACGUAUUCGUUGGUUGGCACCACAUGGAGUUUUAGACCAUAUUAAUAUAUCACAAUAUUUAAGUCGAUUAAGUAAUACAUUGACAAGAACUGAAAAUCCAUCUAAAGUUUUGCAUUAUUUAGUUCAAUGGUCAGCAUUUCCAUUUACAGAUUGGGAACAAAAAAAAAUAACUAUUAAUUAUUUAUAUCCUAUGCAACAAAUUUAUGAAUAUAUUAUUCAUGGCCUUUUAUCACGUACUACAUAUCGUAUUAGAAUAAUGGCUGUUGGAUCAGAAGGGAUGAGUCCUGCACUUGAAUUAGGACCAAUUAAAACUAAAGGUCAAGUUCCUUCUGCUCCACGGAAUUUACGUUUGAAUCAAUUACGAAGAGCUACUCCACCCGGUGCAAGUGAUCCAAAAGCAGAUUAUGCAAUAUUAGAACUAGCAUGGGAUCCACCUGAAAGAACACAUGGUGAUAUACGAGGUUAUCAAGUGUCACAUCGUCUAAUUGGACCAAUUGAUAUAUUAUAUGCUAGUUCGAAUAGAAUAGAUACAGAUGCGAAUUCACGACCUCCAUCUAAACCGAUUAUAAGAAAUGUCACUCAAACAGCAUACACAUCAGUUUUAUCGGAUGGAAUAAAAUUUGGACGUAUAUAUCAGUUUGAAGUGGCUGCCUACAAUGGAGUUGAUCUUGGUCUACCGGCUCAAUUAAAUAUCAGUACACCUGAAGAUGUACCUGGAAGUUAUUCACUACAUGUACGUGUUAAAGGACUAUCGGCAACUGCUAUAGAAGUUGCAUGGACCCCACCUUCAAGACAAAAAUGGACUGAAGAAAUUACUAGCUAUCAGGUUAAAUAUUUUCAACCAAGUGCACCAAAUGAAACUGAAAUUAUCACAACAACACAAGAACCAUUAUUACAAAUUGAAAAUCUUAAAGAGCGUACAUUUUAUACAGUUUUAGUAAGAGCAUUGACUAAAAAUGGACCAGGACCAUGGUCAGCAGCUAGUACAAUCCGUACUACAGCUGAAUUACCAGAACCUCCAUCACAAAUUAAUGGUCUACGUAUAAAUCCAAGACAAAUAAAAGUAACAUGGAAUACAAUGCCUGUUGGGCCUAUCACGAAACCCCAAAUACCAAUAACUGGAUUUCGUAUAUUUUAUUCAACAAACGAAAAUACACAAGAUUUGAAUACAUGGCAGAUUUUGGAUGUUGGUCCAGUUACAAUGGCUACACUUGACUUAUUAGAUCCACAAAAGGAUUAUGUUAUAAGAAUAAAAUCAAGAGGAGCAGAUCGGAGGCAUGGAAGAUUGAGUGAACCUAUUCAUGUUGGGGUAUACAAUCCACAUGAAAUUAAUGGAGCUAAUAAAGAAAUUAAUAACUUGGGCAAUUCUGGACCGGAAGAUUUAAAACGAAUCAGUCAUUUGUCAUGUACUUGGGUUCAAACCUUAGAGACAGCUAAACCUGGUGAGGCAAGUCUUAAAAUUUCCUGGAGACGCCCUCGUCAACUUGAAGGUCUUUACCAAUUUGAAAUUCAACUACUUGGAUCUAAAACAUAUGCUGAUGAACGAAGUCAUCCGCAUCGAAUUUUGUAUGAACCACGUUCAGUAGAAGUUACAACAUCAAUGCUGGAUCAAUCUUCUAGCUCCAGUAUUAACACAAAUGGUGGAUACAUGUCAUCCACCUCAGAUAAUCCUCAGUAUGAAUUAGUCAUCGAUGAACUGGAAGCGAAUACGGUUUAUGAUGUACAAAUUAAGCCUAUUUACGCACAACAUGAUCAAAGUGCAACUAUAGACAGUUCAACUCCAACAGGACGUACAAGUUGUCGAACACAAAUGCUUCCUCCACUUCUAGUUCCUCGACCGAUACCAGUCACAGUAAAACCAGAAACAGGAAAAGUAAUUAUACGAGUAUUUCGUGUCUCUGAAAGUCUUGGUCGUAUAAGAAGAUAUUAUUUGAUUUUAUCUAAAGUUCUUACAGCAGAUUCUUUAAAUUUAACUCCGAAAUCAAAAGAAUUUAAUUGGCCACAAAAACUUCAUGAAGCAUCACAAUCUUGGAAUCCAAAUAUAUUUAUUGCAGCUGAAUAUAGUCAAGAAGCAUUUGUUGGAUCAUAUGUUGAAAUAGUAUUAAAUAUACCAAUAUCAGAAACAAAGAAACGAUAUAAAAGAAAUACUAUUUUUAAUAAAUCAAACAUUGAUAUUAAUCGAAGUCACCAAAUACAAAAUGAUAAAUUAACAUUUUCAGAGAAAUUAAAUACAAAUUCAUUACCUGAAAUUUUAGUUUAUGGUAGACCAUUGAUAAAAAAUCAAAAAUAUAAAGCAUUUGUCCUAGCGUGUAUUUAUCCAAAUAUGCAACCAUUUGGUACCAAUACAAAUACAGUUUCAACAGGUUCCAGUACACCAUUAGAUUCUUAUCCAUAUAACCGUGAACAAUCACUAGAAGAUGAAGAGAAUCUUUCUAAAGAAUUAUGUACACCAAGUUUAUGGUCAAUACAUUUUCAACCAGAUCAAGCGAUCACAUAUACAGAUCAACAAAUUGGUGAUAUGCAUGCUAGUGAAUCCAUUAUAAAAGAGAAUAGUGAGACAAGUGCAAUGAAAACAUCCAACACAAAUUCACAAAAUGUAUUCUUUGCUAAAUUUGCUAAUAAUACAGAUGUUUUCACUAUAACAUUGAUUAUAAUCAUUGCAACUCUUAGUAUAAUUGCUGCAAUAUGCACUGCUAUUGGUUGUUUGAUGAGAAGACGUCGAACUAAACCUAUAGAUAAUGAUAUGUCAAUCACCUUAACACCAUCAGAUGGAAUGUUGAAAACUCCAUUAAUGCCUCAAUCAGUUCAGAAUUUUUCAGGUACCAACGGAGCUAUUGAACAUGAACCAACAGAUCCGGAUACACCAGACAAUCCUACACCAGUACAUACACCGAUACGUUCAGCAAUACCGAUAUUACGCUUACCAGAAUAUGUAGCUACGCUUAAACGUGACAGUGGAAUAGGUAUAUCAGAAGAGUAUGAAAGUAUUGAAGCACCAAACAACCUAACAUGGAAACAUGCCAAUAUGGAAGAGAAUAGACCAAAAAAUCGUUAUGCCAAUAUCAUUGCAUAUGAUCAGUCACGUGUAGUUCUUAACGAGAUCGGUCGUAUACCAGGUUCUGAUUAUAUUAAUGCUAAUUUUAUAGACGGAUAUCAGAAGAAAAGUGCAUAUAUUGCAACUCAGGGCCCAUUACCAGGUACAUUUUAUGAUUUUUGGCGAAUGGUAUGGGAGCAAAAUAGUCGCGUAAUUGUUAUGAUGACACAUUUAGAAGAGAGAGCACGUAUUAAGUGUGAUCAAUAUUGGCCAAAUAGAGGAAAAGAAGUAUUUACUUUACAACAACAACAACAAUCCCAACAACAGGAGUAUAACAGUAAAAUAAAUUAUGAUAUUGAUUAUACCUCAGUGCCUACAUAUACUGUGAUUGUAAAAAGUAUACAAGAAUUUGCUUAUUACACAUUGCGCACAUUUAUUCUACAACGUAAUUAUGAAACUAAUUUAUUAGAAACUGAUUCGGUUGCCUUCAAUCAACAUCGGAGUAUUAAUGAUUCCAAUAUGAAUAUUGAACAGCGUGAGAUUAAACAGUUCCAAUUCACAGCAUGGCCUGAUUAUGGUACACCAGAUUAUCCUCAACCAUUACUAUUGUUUAUACGACGUGUUGGUCAAGUACGUUCACAGUUAAUGCAUCAUCUACAACAAGAACGUUUAAUUAAUGAUGAGAAAGUUAAUUCAAGAGAAUUAAAAUUAUCACAAUCAAGUGAUAUUCAUAAUUCCAUGAAUUUAAACCUUUCCGAUGAAAUUGGACCUUUGAUUGUACAUUGUUCAGCUGGAGUCGGUCGUACAGGCGCAUUCAUCGUCAUCGAUUCUCAGCUUGAACGACUUAAACAUGAAAAUUCAGUUGAUAUAUUUGGUGCAGUAUGUAGAAUGCGUGCACAAAGAAAUUUCAUGGUACAAACAGAAGAACAAUAUGCAUUUCUCUACGAUGUAUUUAUUGAAGCAGCUGAAGUACAUGGUACUGAAGUUACAGCACAUGGAUUAUAUAAUCAUGUUGUGAAAUUACGUCAACCUGUACCAACAUGUGUUUUAGCUGGUUAUAAUUUAUUACCAAAUGGUUUACAAGAUAAUAAUCAUUUGACAUCAUCGAUAAAAAUUUCAAGUUUAGAAUUAGAAUUUAAAAGAUUAAAUCGUAAUUUACUAAAUAAACGUCAAAUAACUACAGCCCUGACAUAUGAUAACAAAACAAAAAACCGUGAUUUAGACAUACUCCCCUACGAAUCUAAUCGUGUCUGUUUGUCAUUAAUCCGUGGAGUAAAUGGAUCAGAUUAUAUUAAUGCCAGUUACAUAGAUGGAUAUCGUAAGAGUCGGGCUUAUAUUGCAACACAAACACCUUUACCGAAUACAGUAGAUGAUUUUUGGAGAUUAAUUUGGGAAUGUAAUUCACCUAUAAUAGUUGCAUUUAGUGAUUCUCGAGAUAUGAAUUUAAUACCAACAGAUACUAAUCAAUAUUGGCCAAGUGAUAGAUCGACAAGAUAUCAAAAUUUAAUGGUUGAACCUAUGGUUGAGUAUAAUAUGCCACAUUUCAUAUUACGUGAAUUUCGAUUAACUAAUACAAUAGAUGGUCAGUCACGUACUUUAAGGCAAUUUCAACUUCAUGGAUGGCCACAUGACAGUAUAGUACCUAAAUCUGCCGAAGCUAUUAUUGACUUAAUUGGACAAGUGCAUAAAACUCAAAUUCAAUUUGGACAAGAUGGUCCUAUAACUGUGCACUGCAAGUAAGUAAACCUUGGAUAGUUUGUAUACCUGUAAAUAAUUAGAUUGAUUUUUUACCAGCUUACUUAAUUUCUUUUUUAAGACCUAACAAAAUAAUUAAUUAUCAGUUGUUUACUUAACUAAUAGUUAAUACUCAUAAAAAUAUUACUUUGUAGUGGAAAGUAUCCGUUCUACGAAGAGUAAGUUAUGAAUCCUGAAGAUAUAAAAGAUGAUCACAUUUAGUUUUGUUCAAUAUAUAUUUAACUUGAAGUGUUGAAAAGUAUUACUGUUUCAAACAAUGUGCAAUUUGGAUAUUUUUGUGGUUGAAUGUACAGUUUUAAAAGUGCUUUAUUUCUGUCAGUAUCUCCAGUAAAUUUCAUUGAUUUUGAAGAAAACAUUUGACGAAUUAAUCAAGUGCAUAGUUUCACAGGCUAUUAGAUAACAUACUUGCCAUUCUUCGGUAAGCAUUUGUCUUGUGAUAAGUAAAAAAAAAUAGUUAUAAUCAAAACACUUAAGCCAACUUGUCAGUGACGUGCACAGAAUAUUUAUAGCUCCAUGACAUGCCUACUUACGUAGUCAAUAUCCAUGAUUAUUCUGAAAAUUUUCUAGAAUUCAGUUAGCUAUUAAGUUCCCUAUAACUGAGACAACUUUACGUAUAGUUUGUUAAUUGUACUUAAUUCUUUGUCAUUAUUUCACCUAAAUAAUGUUUGAUUUCUUAUUUCAUUUCAUUCAAAUAGUACGGGAUCAGGAAGAACCGGUGUAUUUAUAUGUUUAAGCAUUUUGUUAGACAGAAUGAGAUCUGAAGGUAUGGUAGAUAUGUUUUUGAUUACAAGAAUGUUACGUACACAACGAAUCAAUGCUAUACAAACAUCUGAUCAAUAUGCAUUUUGUUAUGCAGCUACUCUUGAAUAUUUAGCUUCAUUCGACCAUUAUAUGAGUUGAUUUCUCUUUAUUUUAAUUGCAGAAUAUAAGUCCUCUUAUUUUUAAUCUUUUUAUACUGUUGAAUUCCUUUACAAAUCCACUGUAAACACACCUAAAUAUAGAUAUUACAGAAAACGAACUAUCAACAAUAGAGGCUUGGUUAUUAAUAAAACAAGAUAGAGAAACAAAAAUGCAUUUACUAAAUGAGAAAAAAUAUAUAUAUAUACUACUGAAUAAAUGUAUACUGAUAAUAAUGAUUGUAAUAGUGUUUUGUAUAGCACUUCUUUUUUUAAUUCGAAGUAACCUGUUUCCCACAGAGCAAGAGGAUCUUUACCGAAUACAACUACUGUGAAUUUAUUUACUGAUAUAUAUAUAUAUAUAUAUCCAUGUAAGAUAUUAAUUUCCCUAAAUAAAAAAGUUUUCUUUCAUUUUUCAAUUUUUCCCCCCAUUUUACGUUUGUGAUACAUUCUUGUUAGGGAUUUUGUUUUCUUCAUUGAUCUUCUUUUCCUUUCCAUCUACUUUUUUCUUAUUAUGGAUCAGUUUUCAUUUUGUUUAUAUUCUUGUAUGUUUCUCAUUUUUUUUAAAUAAUCUUUUUUUCUUUUGAUCUGUUUUUUUGUGUAUGACAUUAUUUCCAGAGUUUUAGGUUUAUCGAGUUUAUCGAUUCAAUCGUAUAUGUACCAUUCUCAGAUAUGUAUACACCCAUAUAUAUAUAUAUAUAUAUAUAU